ACGGAGUUUGACAUUUGAUUCGGAGUUUGCGUCCGACCGUCGAAAACGAAAACCAAAAUCAUUCAUUUUCGGGUUCUCAGGAAAGCCAAUCGCGUAAUUGGAAUCGUUCCAACAUUUGUUUACGUUUGCUGCUAUUAAUCAGCACUUCGGCUUAGCCGGAUAUUCCUUUGUUCUCGCCUGUGUUUUACUUUCGUGUACUCGAGUGAUUCUUUGCAUGAAUAUACGUUUUGAUUGUUAAUAAUGGGCUCUCUGCAAGCUGAAAGUGAAGAAAAGCAAGAGAUGGACGACAGCGGCUGCAUACAGGACGAAACGCCACCCUCAAAGCGUUAUCCCAACGGGGUCCAGGAGGUCCAACUCCUGGACCUGUCAGAUGAUGUCCUACUGAUGAUACUGCAGUACCUCACGCCGAGAGACCUCAAGGCGCUCGGAUACACCGGCCCCCGCCUAGGAGCGCUCAUACUGGACCGGUCUCUCUGGCAGACCGUGGACGGGCGCGGGCAGCCGUGGGGCCGCGCCCGUCUGCGCUGGUACCUGGCGCGCGCGCUGCACGCCGGCACGCGCGAGCUGCUGGUCAGCGGCUACGCGAGGGAGGCGAGAGAAUGCCUCGGCCACGUCAACCAGACAAGAGAGGAGAUAGAGGCAGCGAAAGAGAGGGGAGUUGAUAAGGACAACGGGAAGGAAGAGGACAACAAUAAUCAGCCCGACGACCGGAGAGAUACAUUUGCAGCACAGCGGGUCAUAGAGGUCCCGUCGUUAGGUCCCAACGCGCAGCUGUACAUAGACGACGAGAGAUCAGAUUCGCCAGAAGCGUUCGCCUGGCCGCGUCCAUCGGACCCAAUAAUCUCGGAUAGCACGUGCCCGGGACCUCAGUUCACUCUGGCACCGUCCACGUUCAGGCAGCUGACCGACACGUGCCCGACGCUCACAUCCCUCGCGCUAGAGUACUGCAACAUCAACUGUAACUGUACUAGCAUCAGCAUGUUUCCACCCACCCUCAAGAAGCUGUCACUACGCGGCUCCAAGUGUUUCAACCUGCCCCUGGAUCGAUCCUUCUUAUUUAAGAUACAGGAUUCGCUGCCCGAUUUGGAAUCGUUGGACGUGAGCGAAUGUGAGUGGAUGGAGCCAGCCACAUUACUGCCCCUGAGCAAGCUUCCCAUACUGAAACACCUUUACGCUCGGGAUUGCCUGCGGCUGACCGAGUUCGUGGCGUACGCCUCCCUAGCGACUAGAUACGGGUUCACUAAACUACAGUCUUUGGACCUUCGCGGGUCUCCAGUUGGCGACUCGGAGGUCUCGGCGCUAGGGUGGCUCGCCACGCUGAGCCGGCUGUGGCUGUCCCCCGCGCGGGCCGCGCCCCCCCCCCCGCAGCACUCGCACCACAAGCGGGACUGCCUGCCCGCCGCGCCCACCAGCCCCCGCGACCAGUGGGAGGAGCAGGUGUGUGUGUCUCUCACUCCCCCCCCCCCCCCGCAGCACUCGCACCACAAGCGGGACUGCCUGCCCGCCGCGCCCACCAGCCCCCGCGACCAGUGGGAGGAGCAGCACUCGCACCACAAGCGGGACUGCCUGCCCGCCGCGCCCACCAGCCCCCGCGACCAGUGGGAGGAGCAGGUGUGUGUGUCUCUCACUCCCCCCCCCCCCCCGCAGCACUCGCACCACAAGCGGGACUGCCUGCCCGCCGCGCCCACCAGCCCCCGCGACCAGUGGGAGGAGCAGGUGUGUGUGACUCUCUCACUCCCCCCCCCCCCCCCGCAGCACUCGCACCACAAGCGGGACUGCCUGCCCGCCGCGCCCACCAGCCCCCGCGACCAGUGGGAGGAGCAGGUGUGUGUGACUCUCUCACUCCCCCCCCCCCCCCCGCAGCACUCGCACCACAAGCGGGACUGCCUGCCCGCCGCGCCCACCAGCCCCCGCGACCAGUGGGAGGAGCAGCACUCGCACCACAAGCGGGACUGCCUGCCCGCCGCGCCCACCAGCCCCCGCGACCAGUGGGAGGAGCAGGUGUGUGUGUCUCUCACUCCCCCCCCCCCCCGCAGCACUCGCACCACAAGCGGGACUGCCUGCCCGCCGCGCCCACCAGCCCCCGCGACCAGUGGGAGGAGCAGGUGUGUGUGUCUCUCUCACUCCCCCCCCCCGCAGCACUCGCACCACAAGCGGGACUGCCUGCCCGCCGCGCCCACCAGCCCCCGCGACCAGUGGGAGGAGCAGCACUCGCACCACAAGCGGGACUGCCUGCCCGCCGCGCCCACCAGCCCCCGCGACCAGUGGGAGGAGCAGCACUCGCACCACAAGCGGGACUGCCUGCCCGCCGCGCCCACCAGCCCCCGCGACCAGUGGGAGGAGCAGCACUCGCACCACAAGCGGGACUGCCUGCCCGCCGCGCCCACCAGCCCCCGCGACCAGUGGGAGGAGCAGGUGUGUGUGUCUCUCUCACUCCCCCCCCCCCGCAGCACUCGCACCACAAGCGGUACUGCCUGCCCGCCGCGCCCACCAGCCCCCGCGACCAGUGGGAGGAGCAGGUGUGUGUGUCUCUCUCACUCCCCCCCCCCCCCGCAGCACUCGCACCACAAGCGGGACUGCCUGCCCGCCGCGCCCACCAGCCCCCGCGACCAGUGGGAGGAGCAGCACUCGCACCACAAGCGGUACUGCCUGCCCGCCGCGCCCACCAGCCCCCGCGACCAGUGGGAGGAGCAGGUGUGUGUGUCUCUCUCACUCCCCCCCCCCCCGCAGCACUCGCACCACAAGCGGGACUGCCUGCCCGCCGCGCCCACCAGCCCCCGCGACCAGUGGGAGGAGCAGCACUCGCACCACAAGCGGGACUGCCUGCCCGCCGCGCCCACCAGCCCCCGCGACCAGUGGGAGGAGCAGGUGUGUGUGACUCUCUCACUCCCCCCCCCCCCCCCGCAGCACUCGCACCACAAGCGGGACUGCCUGCCCGCCGCGCCCACCAGCCCCCGCGACCAGUGGGAGGAGCAGCACUCGCACCACAAGCGGGACUGCCUGCCCGCCGCGCCCACCAGCCCCCGCGACCAGUGGGAGGAGCAGGUGUGUGUGUCUCUCUCACUCCCCCCCCCGCAGCACUCGCACCACAAGCGGGACUGCCUGCCCGCCGCGCCCACCAGCCCCCGCGACCAGUGGGAGGAGCAGGAACCAGAGUACUACAAGAUAAAGGAACCUGACUAUGACGAUACGAAUACUCCUGAAAAGUGUUCGGAAGAGACCAAUCAUACUUGGCAGGCCAAACUUAACGGAACGUCUUCGGAUUUCAGUAGCUCAUUACCAACAGUCCUCAGCUCUCCAACUAUGAUCAUCAACGCAUCACCACUUCGUCCAGGAUCGACCCCAAGGUCCAACCCUCCAAGACCCCCAACAGGGUCAAAUUCCCGCCACGGGACCUCCAAUGACACCCCAACGAUAAUCGCAUCUCCAAUACGAUCAAAUGAACCAACCUCAAACUCAUCGUCAAGUCCAACUAUGAUUAUACACGCGACACCAACACGACCAGGCUCUUCCGACGAUCAAAGAUCAACAAUAUCCUGUCUAUCUAUGUCCCCUAAUAUAUCGAUAACUCCUCGACCAAAUCUCAGUCCACCAAAAACGUGUUGCAAUAUCAUUACUCCGUCUAGCGUAUUAAAAUCAAGAUCUAAUUCGACACCUGGACCUUCGAAAGCACAGAAACGGAAGACACGCUCGCCAAGCCCUGGGCCUUCGAAGCGGAAACGUGACGAUAGCUCAAGUUCUGAUGAUGAUGAUGUUCCACUGAAGUGCCUCAUUAAGCCUAAUGUCAACGAAGGGGCUAGUACUUCGAAGGAACCGGAAGAAGAGAAGGAAGAUGAGACAGAAGAUGCAGAAGAGAAUGGGCAAGAGGAUGAAGACGCCCAACCCCGCCACCACGUUCUAUACGUAAACGUGGGCCAACGCCUCCACGCCGUCUAUCGUCUGUCUCUAGACAACGAACACGUAGUCUCUUUCAACAGAAACGCCAACUUAAACCACUACGCAAGAAACAUAUUUCUAUCACCGCCCGGCUCACAUUUAGACGCGUCAUCACUCGUCACUGACUCCGCUAUUAGGAGAUUUGGGAGAGCUGAUGGGGAAGAUAUUAAUUACGUUCACAUAGGCCCUAAUGGACCUUAUCCAGGCGCUCAAGUACCCGGUGCUAGACCUGAUAGGUCUUCUCUUACGCACCUAAGCGUUACUGGAUUCAGGACUAUUACAGACAGGAGUCUAGAUCACCUAGCGACGUCAGCGCCAUUGCUACGGUUUCUAGAUUUGUCUGAAACUAAUGUAACUGAUGCUGGUGUAGCGGCUUUUAGAAGUUUAAGGCCUGAUUGUGAGGUGAUUUAUAGUAAGUAUGUGAAGAAAGAUUGAAUCUAGUAUUAGCUGGU